GGCGAAGGGAGUUGACGCUCUUUGGAGGUGCAAGGACCAGGUGAUCGUGCAAACUUUAAGCGAAGGAAAGCAGCGUUUAGGUUACUCCGUGUAUAACCAACUAUGGAUUUGCCUGUUCCAAGUAUUCGUGAAGUUCAUGAACUGCUGCUAGCUUUGCAGAAGAAUUUGGAGUGCCCAAUUUGUCUGGAGGUGAUAAAAGAGCCAAUCUCAACAAACUGUGCUCAUAACUUUUGCAGGUCCUGUAUUUUUAAACUGCUUAAACUGAAGAAAGGUGUAACACAGUGUCCACUUUGCAAUGCCAAAGUCACUAAAAGGAGUCUGAGGGAGGAUACCCAUCUCAAGGAAGUAGUCAAAGAAGUUCUAGAAACCAUCCAUGCUUUCGAGUGUGAUACUGGAUUGAAGUUUUCAGAUGAUUUGUGUUACCCCAAGGAAGUGAUAGAAACUGUUUCUGCUUCAACCACAUGUACAAAUCAACUGAUUAUUAACAGUAAGGGAUAUAGAGAUAGAUGGAAAUAUAUGAAGAAAGAAGAAAAAAGAAAUACUGAAUCGGGUGAUGGCCCCGUCUUGCCACAGUACAAUGGAAAUGAAACAAGAUACUUCCUCAGAAAGAAAAGAAAUUCUAGUAAAACUAUGGUUUUGAAAAUUGAUAAGAAGCACAAUAUAUGUGGAGCCUUAGAAGGGAGAAAACUGGGAAGUAGAGAUGAUACCGAAACUGUCAAUGAAAACUUAAAAAAUGUUGAAGAAAACAUGACUGUCAAACAGCAAGAGGAUAUACCUUUUCUAGAUUCCUGCAUGGAACAAUCUGGUUUUAGUGACCUACAGGAUCAUACAUCUUCUUCAUUCUGCAGGACGACACAAGUACAAUUGGCUGAUGAAGCCAUGAAUAUGAGUACAAAUGAACAGAUUGAUAAUGGUGGAGAAAAGACUCUCAUUGACCAAUCUGCUGCAAAUUCAUCAGUUGUAUGUGAAAAUAAGGAAUACCAGUUACAGUCCCAGACUAUGCUUGACAACCAUAUGAGUGAAAGUUCUGGAAAGAAAGUGAUACAGAGCAUCAAGAAAGUCAGUGAGUGGUUUUCCAAAAGCAAGGAGAUCCUUUCUUCUAAUUCACAGGUGGAUGGUUGCAGUGAAGAGCUUCUUCAGGAUGCAGAUCCAGAUUUGUCAAAUACUGAUUCCUGUAUUUCUCAGAAGACAGAACAGAUGGAAAAUCAAGGGGAAUUCAUGAAGAUAGGUGGAGAUGAAAGGCCUUCAUCUAAACUAACUGCCUCUGAAAUUGUUGACAAAAUAUUUGGAAAAACAUAUAAGAGGGAACACAUAGUGAAUCCUCCUAGAAAUGACAAUGAAACUAUGAUCCAAACAGAGGAAGAUUCCUGUAAUAUACACCUGAGAAAGGUAUUCAUACAAAUGAGAAAGGCAAUAUCUCAUUUCAAUGAUUUCAGGAAGAGACAGAAUGUGAAAGCAAGCAAUAAGGAAUCAGUUGGGGAAAGAGAAGACACUGUUUUGGAAAAUAGUAAUCAGGCCUUUGCUGUUGUUAAAAAAUCCCCAGCAGAUCAACCGGAAGCUGCUUUUUCAGUAAUAGCCUGUGUUGAGGAAGCAGCAUCCAAGUUGAAAGGAGAUAAAGAUAAACAAGCUCAGAGUGAAUGCUACAUGUUACCAGAAUUGAACCUAACAGAUACGGAAAACAAAAGUAGUUAUUUGAACAAGAGAAGUAAAGAAUUAAACAGACCACUUGGAAAAAUGCAGAUAUUAAAUAAAAGCCCUAUGUUAUCUGAGGAGACGAAGGAAGAACUAGAUAUUAAGGAGCUGAGAAAAGUGAAUCAAGGCCAGAUGCAGGUCAGAUGGGACAGGGAGCUUCAAUUGUUCACAAAAGAAGCCAGGAGACAAAAUGAACCGACCAAGAGAAAAAGAAAUGUGGAUGAGAGAGAACUGAAACAAUCCAUUUCUCUUUCAGAAAGGAUGCCAUCUUCCUCUGUAACAGAAGAUGACUCCUGUGUCCUGCAGGACAAUCUGAAGAAAGCAAAGUCUUAUUCAGAUACCAGCAUGAUUGAUAAGCAGCACCUUCGUAAUGUAGACAUGGCUUAUGCUAACCAUGAAAACUUUCCUCAUGUGAUUGGGACUGUAAAAGACAUUCUGAAUACUGAAGAGACUGCAGAGAGCCACAGUGCAAAUGCCCAAGGCAAGAGCUCACUCUUGCAGUUUCAUCCUGGAAAGGUAGAACAAGAUGUUUAUAAGGAUGAACAGGUCAUAGUGAAUCAACGUAAGAAAUAUGCAGUGUGUUCUCAAAUAAUACAGAGUGAUGGAAUUUGCACAGAUAAUUGCAAAUUCCCUAAAACCAACAAUAAAGCUAUAGGGAGUUAUGAAUUGAAUCUGGAAACUGAUGAGAGUGAACUAAAUACAAGCUUCAUGCAGAAUAUAUUUGGCUGCUGCAAACGCCAGUCAUUCUUGCUGCAUCAAAGUCCAGUAAAGGAAUUGGCUGUAGAUAUUAAAUAUUUGCAAGGGUUAAGCCCUGACAAAGAGACUAAAGAUGGAACACAUGAAGACAAAUGUGAUGUUGUUUCUUGUGAGGAAAAUAAAAGUACCUCAAUCCAAACACCAACAUCUUGUACAUCCAGUUUUUCUGAACAUAAAAAUGAAUACCUUCAGUUUUCCUGGCAAGUUCCAUUUCCUGAUUGUCCAUUAAUACCUCUGCAAUCAGUUACCAGAAAUGAAGAAGUUGAAUAUCAGUCAGAAAGUAAAAAGACAAUGGGUGAAGAGAAACAGUCUCCAGUGUUAGAGAAAAAAAUUGAAAGUCCAGAUGAUUGCAUUGGAAAUUUGAAUGUCUGGGAAAAUAGCAAUUUGCAUGAUACAAGUUUCAGCCUUAUUAAUGGGAGUAGUUCUGGUUCAGUUCAUUUUCAAGAAGCAAAAUCCAAAGAUAUUGAAAACAAAAAAAUGGAACUGAAUCCUCAGACAGAAUUAAUGCAACAACAUUCUUUAACUUCUCUACCAUUGUUACCUAGUUUCAUCCAUGCUGAAAAGAAAAAGAACCUCAUGGAAGAAAAGCAAUUGAACAAUGACACAGAAAAAGCUGUUAAUGUUUCUAGCACUGGUGGGGUUAAGAGCUUGAUUCCCAAACUGAACUUAGAAUGUACUGCAAGGGAGCAUCAGCAUUUUGAACUGCUGUCAGAGACACCAGACAACUUGCUGGACCCACCUACCAAAAAUAAAAAGGGUUCACCAAACCUUUGGGAUAAGAAUGACAUCUUGGCCAUGCCUACUAAAAUAGACAAGCAAACCACUAAUGUGACAGAUCUGGAUAGCAGAAACAAAUGCAGUCUCAUGUUGAAGAGUCAGGAUUUUGUUUUGACUUACCAGAAAUUGCUACAGAAGCUGCCGUCCUCAGAAGAGGAUUCCAGUGAAGAGGAAAAACUUCUUUCUUUUCAGAAACUAAUAAACAUGCAAAGCACACAAUCAUACUCAGUGAAAGAGAAGGAGAUACCAGUAGAGAUGCUAGCAUCAAAGAGCAGCAGCAGAAGUUGUUUCAAACACAAAAAGGAGGAUAUCUGCCAAAGCCAGGAAUCAGAAUGCUCUGUGAAUUUGUUUUCCUCCCAAUCAAAUGUAUCUGUGGUUUCUGGACUGGCUUGUAAUUCAAAGGAUUUAAUCCCAUUCUCUAAUUCCAAAGAGAAAUUGCCCAGUCUCAGUGGGAAUAACAAAGACAUUUCACAUAGUGAUGAAGUCUCUAGUGAUAUUGAGCAACUAAAAUGUGGGCAAGAAGAAUAUGCACAUUCAGAAUCCAAUUUAGGUGAAGAAAUGAUGCCCUUUGCCAAUGAAACAACCCAUCUGGAAGAUUCACUAGGUCAAUUCUCUCAGAGUGAAAUUCUCACCACACAGCAAAGGGAUGCUAUGCAAAACAACUUAAAGAAACUGCAGCAGAAGAUGGCUAUCAUUGAAGCUGUCCUCAAACAGGGAAGCCAGAAUGUUGGCCCUGAAGGAUGGUCACUGGAAGGAGAGGAAACUGAUUUCAAAAGAGACAAGACAGAAACAAGAAAGAAAAUGCACACUGUAUUGGAAAAACCAGUCUCUCCUUUGGCACAUACCACCUGCUGUAGCACAAAGCAAAGGAAUAGAAAGAGUCUACUUUGGACUGGAGGCCAAAAAAUGUCUCUGGUGGCAUCUGGGCUAAACCAGAGUGAAUUGCAACUAGUACGUAAAUUUGCCAAGAAAACAGAGAGCACUUGGUCUAAUAAAAUUACUGAAGAAACAACCCAUGUAAUAAUGAAAGCAGAUGAGGAUCUGGUCUGUGAGAGAACUCUGAAAUACUUUAUAGGUAUUGCUGCACAAAAAUGGGUAUUGAGCUACCAGUGGAUUAUACAGUCACUCGAAGCAAGAAGAGUUCUUAAAGAGGAAGAUUUUGAAGUGAGAGGAGAUGUAAUUAAUGGGAGAAACCAUCAAGGACCUAAAAGAGCAAGAGAAUCACCUGUUGGAAAGCUUUUCCAAGGAUUGGAAAUUUGCUGCUAUGGGCCAUUCACUGACAUGCUCCCAGAACAACUGGAAUGGAUUGUAGAACUCUGUGGCGCCUCCCUUGUGAAGCAACCUCACUUAUUUGCACAUGCAACAAACUCGACUGCUGUGAUAGUUGUUCAACCUGAUGCAUGGACAGAAGAAAGCACCUGCCAAGCGCUCCCGCUGCAAUGCAGCAUUGCUGUAGUUUCACGUGAGUGGGUGCUGGACAGUGUUGCCUGCUAUCAGUGCCAAUCAUUCAGUGACUACAUCUUUCAACAGGAACCAUCUUCCAUGUCUGAAUAGUAAUGUUCUUAUAGCCCAAAUGGGAUUACAGCUUUCAAUGGUUUCUCACCUGCACUAAUAAGCGAGUUUUGGAAACUGGAGAAGUAUCUAUCCUGAUUCCUCCCUCGUGGUGUCUUCCAUCAGAUUCCAAGUCCAGGAGCAAUCUCUAAUGUAUGCAUUUAUUUUCUUUAUUUUCUUUAAUUUAUCUAUUGCCGUGUGUUUCCAGGUGGUGUACAAAAUGAGCAUACCUUUUGUACAAUUCAGUUAAUAGUUGAAAUAAUAAAAUAUGUAAAUCACAUUAAAUACUGGCAGUAAGAGUCAGAAGACUAACACUUUAACAUGUUAUCAAAUAAA